CUGUAUGUCACCGGCUUUUCACCAGGCAAGGAAAAGAGUAUCAGAAAGAGAGCACCUGCGAGUGAGACAUUCAAAACCAACUCAACAUCACACCCCAAAUAUAUUAGUGUCAUUCGAUUCAUCAGGACCUCAGUGGUAUUGGCCCUUGAAUGGGGAAGUAGAAAUAUUUGUUCUGUCUUUGGGAAAAGAUUUCUAACAUUGUUAUGAGUGGAAAAGUACCAUGAUACACACAUACCUGAGUGACUGUUUUCCAAUGAACUGACUGUGGAAAGAGCUUUAACCAGUUACAUAUCCUGAAAAGAAAUCACAGCAGGGAGAAACUGUACAUGCGUUCCAUAUGUGGACAAGGCUUACAUGGUCAUCAAACCUAGAGAGAACACACGCAUAUCUUCACCAUGGAAAAACCCUGUAAAUGUGGGGAUUGUGGGAAGGGAUUCAGUUACCCAUCCCAGCUAGAAACUCAUCGACGCAGUCACACUGGGGAGAGGCCUUUUACCUGUACCCUGUGUAGGAAAGGAUUUGCUUUGUCAUCCAGCCUGCAGUUACACCAGCGGGUUCACAGUGAUGAGCGACCUUUUAAAUGCACUUACUGUGGGGACUGCUUUAAAAUCUCUGCAGAUCUAAUUAAGCACCAGCUUGUUCACACUGGUGAGAGGCCGUUUGGUUGCUCUUACUGUGAGAAACGAUUCAGACAGUCAUCACACCUCAUUCAACACCAGCGGGUUCACACCGGCGAGAGGCCUUACACCUGCUCCGUAUGCGGGAAGGGAUUCACUCAUGCAUCUAACCUCCGGACACACCAGAGAGUUCACACCGGGGAGAAGCUGUUCACUUGCUCAGUGUGUGGGAAGGGAUUCACGCAAUCAUCCAAUCUCCGGACACACCAGCGAGUUCACACAGGGGAAAGGCCAUAUACCUGCUCUCGGUGUGGGAAGGGAUUCACUAAUUCAUCCCACCUUCUGACGCACCAACUUGUUCACUUUGAUAAGAGAGCUUUCAAAUGUCCUGACUGUGAGAAGAGCUUCAAAAGCAAAAAGGAUCUGCUGAUACACCAGCGAAUUCACACUGGGGAGAGGCCAUUUACCUGCUCUAUGUGUGGAAAAGGAUUCACACUGUCAUCCAACCUUCUGACACACCAACGCACCCACAGUGAGGAGAAGCCAUUCACCUGCUCCAUGUGUGGGAAGGGAUUCAAUCGAUCAUCUAACUUGCUGAGACAUCACCGGGUCCACACCAGCGAGAGGCCAUUCAACUGCUCUGUGUGUGGGAAGGGAUUCACUCGAUCAUCUCACCUGCUCAGACACCAGCAAAUUCAUGAAUGACUUUGGAAUGUUAUAGACU